ACAACCAACACCCCUUCCAUGUCUCGUCUCGCCUCAGGGCGAGCCGCUACUUAGAUCCCCGAGUCCUCCCCCAACCCCAUCGUCCGUCGCAUAAAAUCAUCGGCAUAGCUCCAAGCCGGCUGUCGGCCAUGUGUGUCGCAGCAGCGUCGCUCAGCGCUCACUUCUUAUCUCUCGCCGCGAGGCCGCGACAUUCCUUCAUCCGAUCGUUCAACCCGCUCCUCAACCCGCCUUUUGCCAGGCGUCGCGUCGCUGCACCCGCGAUCAGGUCCCCCUCCGUCGUGCGCGCCAUGGCAGAUUCGCUAAGGGCGGAUAGAGCGACCUCGCUAGAAGGCAGUGCGCGCGAUUCGACCCAAAUCCUGCCGUCCUGGGCGCAGAGAACGCUCUGUCCGGCCGGCGACGGUUGCGGCGACGGCGAGUGCGAACUGCUCCACGUGGACCCCACGUGGCGCGACGUGCUGGCGAGCCGACACGUGGCGCAAGGAGAGGGGAGGAGUAGCAGUAGUGCCAGACCGCGGCUGAUCGUGUGCGCGGGACCAGAGAGGUCGGGUGCGGCCGCCAGCAAUAGCGUCUCGGCAGAAAGCUCCACGUGGCUGUUCAACGCUGUCCGUCUGCUUCUCGCCCACUCUGGCCAGCUGGCGCUCUCCUAUUGGCUGCACACCGUCACUGAGAGCAAGCUAAGGGCCAGGGGACUCACCGCACUGGGCAGCAGCGGACAUGGGGGGGAGGGGGGAGGAGGGGGUGGGGAAGGGGGGGAUAGGGAGGGCGGCAGAAUGGUAGUGGGGGAUGGAGUAGCGGUGCAGAUGGGUGGAGAAGCGUGGGGAGGAGUGAACGUGGUGGUGAAGACGCACGAGUGGUCGGAGGAGUGGGAGGCUGGGGAGUGGACGAAGCAAGUGCUGGUGACUGAUCGCCAUCCCUGUGAUGUUGUUGACUCGUACCUCCGUGUCGGCUGGCUGCCCCACAGCAUGCCGCACAUCAAGGCGCAUCUGCAGUCGUACCUGUCCGACCACCGCCGCUGGAAGCAGCACGCGGCUCUCGUCAUCCCCUUCCCCGCCAUCGUGCCGCCUGGGAGCGACUCUGAGCUGCACUGCCUCUCUCGCCUCGCCACGCUCCUGGGGCUAAACGUACAAGGGUCGGCGGAAGGGCCGGCGAAAGGGUCAGCUGAAGGUUCGGCGAAAGGGUCGGCUGUUGAGGUGACUGAAUGUGGUGCUGGACGAGGGCGGGGUGGUGGGAGGGCAGUGGAUGUGCGUGCCGUGUCAAGAGCCCUUGCCCAGCUCCCACUUCCCACAGGGUGGGGCCCUGACCCGGUCACCAAGCUGUGGCCGCGUCACAUCCGCUCGUCCCCCCACCCCAGCAGGCGAGCAGCAGCAAGGGGGCUGACACGAGAGGAGCGGGAGGAGGUGCAGCAAGUUGUGUCAGUGUGGCUCACAGCACCUCCUAAGUAGACCCACCCGAGUGCCCAGCUGUGGCCAGGGAGCACCCUAGCAAGCUGGGGUCAGCAAGGGGGUUAACACGAGAGGAGCGAGAGGAGUGAGAGGAGCGAGAGGAGCGAGAGGAAAUGCAGCAGUUUCUGUGAGCGCUCACAGCACCUCAUAUGCAGCCUGAGGAUCAAAGCCAGGCUGUGGCCAGUGCACACCCUAGCAGGUGCGGGCCAGCAAAGGGGCGUGCAAAGCGGAGGUGCAGCAGUUGUGUGUAUGCUCUCAGCCUGCCACGAGCAUCUACACAGCAGCCUGAUGUCAAGUCGUGGCCAGUGCACACCCUAGGUAGCAGGUGCCGGCAAGGGGCCUUGCACAAGAAGAGCACGAGGAGUGCAGCAGUUUGUGUCAUGUCAACUGUGGAGUAGCCGUUGCUUGCUGACCAGCUUGAGGCGAUGCCAACUUUGAUCAACCCAGCCUAGCAACCAGGCCCUCAGAUUGGUUUUAGGGAGGCUGAUUGCUUAGGGUCGCCCAUGUGAGAGCCCAUGUUUUUCAGGGUCGGGUUUUGGGCGUGGCAUGUUUUUUCAGGCCAAUUGUUUUUUUUAGUCUGACUUAUCAGGCCUACAUUUUUGUAGUUUCUGAUUCUUAGGUCGGAUCGGACUUCACUGCAUACAAUUCUUCUCGUCAGAUUCCUGCCUGAUUU